UACAGUUUACUGUGUGAGGAGGACACGAAGGAGCGACUCACAAACUGCUCAGGCACAAGCCGGGCAGCAGCAAAAGUCAAACAGACUGGAGUCGAGCUAGGCAUGAAAGAAAAAGAAAAGCCAAACGCUUUGCACCUUCCUCCGGUUUACGAAGUGAAGGAGAGCGGAGCCGCCGGUGCUGCCCGCGAUGUCAGCCGCUGUUUGUAGGCGGGAUGGGAAGAGGAGAGGAAGCUUUAUGUGCAGACGUUGCCUUUAAUGGACAGUUAAUUGCUACCUGAAGAUAAUUAAGUGGCAGCUUUGGGAAGUGAAGCGAGUGUACGGUGUCAACUUUAGAGAAGCUCCCGUCUGCUGGAGACGCCGGUGGAUGUUGCGCCAUGGAGAUAAAGACGAGACUUCAAGCUGUGCUGAUGUUAAUGUGGAUUUUUCCAGGUGACACCCAGAAGGUGGAGAUCCCCAAAGGAGAGAUGGAGGUGGUGAAAGGCCAGAUGGUGAUGUUACAGGCCUGGUACAGUCCCAACUCGGACAUCUCCAAAAACUCUGUUGUUUGGCUCUUCAUGGGGAACGGGUCCGAGCAGGUGAUAAACUUUAGCUCAGGUGAGGUCGGGCACGGCCAGAAUGAGUACACCAAAAGAGUGGGCUUCAGUGCGGCCAUGCCCUCAGCCAACCUCUCCAUCUACAUCAACAACACCCAAGAGUCUGACUCAGGACGCUACAUCUGCAACGUCAUCAUCCCUGGAGGUACUGGCAUUACCGGAGAGGUGCACCUUAAUGUCAAAGUCCCUCCCUCUCCCCCAGUUUGCAGCAUAACAGGAAACCCAGUGGUGAAGGGCAACGUGACUCUGAGCUGUAAGUCCAGUCAUGGAAAACCUGUCCCUCAGUACAAAUGGACCAAGGCUGCACCCAUAUCUGAGGUCUUCUUCUCGCCAAUGCAAAACGAGAGACACGGCACCCUCAGGCUGAGCAACCUCACCAAAAGCAUGUCAGGGAAGUAUGUCUGCCGAGCCAGCAACACCGCCGGCUCUGACAGCUGCUCCAUUAACCUGGAGGUUAUCACCUCUUCCAAUGCAGGCAUGAUUGCAACAGCUACACUGGGCUCAGUAGUGGGACUUAUGGCCAUGGUGCUGUUCUUCAUAUUCGUACUGAGGAGGAGACGGGACACUGAGGAGGAGAUAGCCAAUGAGAUCAAGGAGGAUGCUCAGGCGCCGAAGCGAGUGUCGUGGGCAAAGAGCAACACCGGCUCUGAUAUUGUGUCCAAGAACGGCACGCUGUCCUCCAUAGCCACAAGUCCUCGUCCACGAGACCCCCGUCAACCCAACUUCCACUAUCCGUACUCUCCCACCUCGACCUCAGACACGGGCUCAGUGAUCAACGCUUACCAGCUGCGACCAGGAGAAGCCACCACCUUACAGGGACUUCCCGGUUACAACAUCGGAGGCACCCCGUCACGUAAACACAAGCGGCCCCCCAGCACGAACGGGGGGCCCCCGCAGGUCGUCAGGAGCCCCACGGUUGCUGUCCCCAACAGGACUGAGGGGGCUCAGCCUCAGGUGCCGCCGCCGCUCAGCGUGUCCCCGCAAAUCAGCUCCUCCACUCUGACGCGCAUGGGUGCUGUUGCUGUCAUGGUGCCUGCUCAGAGCCAAGCCGGCUCGCUGGUGUAGCCAGCAGAAGCAUCUCUGAUGGGAAAUAAAAAGGACAGCGGUGACGGAUGGCGAGAAAGAACGCCUUGAAAUGGAAAAGCACUUUCUCCGUGAAGACCUGAAAGGUUGCGAGAGAAGAAACUUGUCUCGCAGGUGAUUUGUGCUUCAUUUGCACAAACUCGCUCUUCAGUUUGUUGAUAAAAGUGAGUACAAUGUUGUUCAAGUAAGUUUUUUUUUGUAUGUUGCAUUCUGGCUCACUAAAGACAAAUAUAUUUUUAUUUACACCCUUAGAAUAUUAAAAAUGGUACCUAAUAGUGGUAAAAUGCCAAUGUUUUUAAGAGAUUUUUGUUAAUGAAGUCCGUCUGGCUGUUGUAAACCAUUAUGAACGGUUGAGUGUACUUAGAGUUUUGCAGUUCUUGCAAAAUACAAUGUUUUGGCUACAUUUGUACAAUGUAUGAAAAAACUAAAUAUAAGCAACUUUUUUUUAAAUGUAAUUUUUAUUUCACUGUACCUGGCUAAGGAUUAUUUUCAGCUCACUUCUCUCAGGCUAACUGCACUAAUUCAAAGCAAAAAAAAAAAAAAAAAAAACCCAGCAAAAUCACAAUUCAGGUAUUACAAAUUGUUCCCUUCUGAAUUUCUUGCUUUCUUUUACCCGCAGUUUCAUGUGUUCACUUACGGGUUGAUUAUUUAACCUGCUGUAGCAGUGUCGGUAUGAUUUCAUGACACUGGUGUCUACUGAGAUAUUAGGUUUAUUGCCUGUUAUGGUAGAUGGAAUGUAACCAAAAUAGUGAGUUUAAUGUCGUUUAAGUCAAAGGAUUUUGAUGAUUUUGUUCCAAGGUGCUUGCUAUUAUUUGAUAUAAUGACUGUAAACAUACAGGGCCAGUAGCUGGGUCUUCCUGCUGAUGCUCGUUUGUUUUUCCUCACUGUACUGAACUCUGGAGAUAACGUGGCGGUGACAGGCUACAUGUAGCACUUUUAUUUUUUUUCAAUAAAGUGUUCUGGAGUGUUUGACUUUA